UCAAUCUACUGUAGACGGCCUAGAUAUUUCAUUUAGCGUCACAGUGAAAAUAACAUUGAGGCUAUCGUACCGUCGCCCGUCGAUAUAACCAGCGUGUAGUUAGUAGAGAGGUGUUGCGGCUGUCGGCUGCAUCUCUUGUUGUUUAUUAUCAUUUGUGCCACGAAAAUGCUCGCAGAGAUUUCGCACGGUCACGUGUUCGACUGAAAAGAAGACUUCGAUCAAACCCCGAAAGUAGUUGGACUACUGUGCAGGCGGGAACGGCAAGUUGCCGGCACCAUGUCCGAAACACACCCUCCGCCGUCGGAUGCUCCCGACUGGGGCGAAUCGGCGAACACCGGCACAAACUCUGACGCAGCUCCGCAGUCUGGUGUCGAAGACGGCACUAAAGAUGACUCGGCGCCGAUGGAAACAGUGGCUCUAGAGACAACAGACAUCUACUCGGAGGACUCCGAUCCAGGUAAGGAGGCAGACCUGAAGCGGUACUUCAGCAACACGCCAACAGAUGUGGCCGCCUGCUCCUUUUUCGAUUCGCUGGCCGUGAGCACGUCGCCCAUGAUGAAGAGCGUCUCGGAAGUGAACAUGGCGCAGAAGGCAGGCACAGCCCUGGAGGACGUAGUUCCAGAAGCACCGCUCAUUACUGAGAAGCCGCCAGAGGACUCUUCCGUGUACUUCUCUCUCGGCGACAGCUCCAUUCAAGGACACGAGAUUGCCGUCAUUGCGCAGGAAGCCGUUGAAGGCCCAACGCCCUCUUACUCGAUGCCCGCACAAGAGCCUGUUGCCGUGGAGUCGCCCGAGAACCGAAAUGCCUCGCGGGGUGUCAGCGAAGAAGGGCCAUCGUUGAGCAAGUUCUUCUCGAGCGACUGCAGUGGUGGUGAUCAGGAGGGAAAGGCGUUCUUCGACGUCCUCGCUGCUGGCAUAGCUGGCGUCGAACUGUCUGGAAGGUCGUCGGGCAGUGCGAGCCCCAUUUCACUUGUACAGGAGCCCUGCCUGAUGACAGAGCCCGUGGAGGACGGUGACAUCUGCGCUUAUGACAGCUGGCUGCCGUCAGCUGCGACGAGAGACUUCCUGACCCGACUUGCGACAUCCGAACCUGGCACUGUCUUCCCGGAGCGCGAACACCUCACCAUGCCUGGUGUCAUUAUCGAUGAGCCCCAGGUGGACACCGUUCGAUCAUUGCUUCAGGAGCACAUUAUCGACGAGGCCAGUGCUCGGCGAACACUGACUGUUGAUGACGUGCCGCAGAGUGAAGAUGGACUGAAGCAGCUUAUUGGGGCACAGUGCCACAAUGCGGCCAUCAACCUGACAACCAGGCUACUGACCAGCAUUGGCCAAGGAGUCGGAGCUGGAGGUCAUCCGUCUAGGCACAGCCCUUACUCCCUCCAGCUGUGGUACACGCGGCUGGCGCUCUUUGUGAAACAACGCAAGUUUGCCUACGCGGAGGUUGAGGGUGAUGCCUUUGGGGACCUGGACAAACCAGACCUGUUCUACGAAUUCUAUCCAGAUACCUACCCGGAUAAGCGAGGUUCGAUGGUGCCAUUCGCCAUGCGCCUGCUGCUGGCUGAGCUUCCGCAGUUUCAGGGAAACCACUGCACGGCUCUCAAUUCCCUCUACAAACUCCUCAACGUUGUGCACAGGAUUCUUGGAAAUUUGACGAAUGGCAUAUCUGAAGAUGGCAGCCUGCUGGACAUGAGUGAACAGUUGAGACAAGCAUCCAUGAAGUUGUGGGAAGACCGUGAGUGCCGAAUCUACUUUGCCAUCCUCAACUGUGUCCUCAACCAGAAGGACUACAUAGUAGCCAUCAAAGUGGCCAGGAUCCUGCUUGAGAAGAACAGUGGACGCAAAGCACAGCUGCAUUCAGCCCUCGGAAGGAUAUACCUCCAGCUUGGGGAUGUGGAAACAGCGCAGAGCCACUUCCACAAAGCUGAGGCCCUGUACCACGGCAUGGCUUUGGAGGGGAGACUCGAAAUUCUCAUUAACAAAGGUACAAUGGCCCUGGCUCUGAACCGCUAUGCAGAGGCAUAUCACUUUUAUGAGGAAGCCAGCAAGCUGCAGCCAAAGAAUCCCCUGUUCAUCAACAACAUGGCGGUCUGCCUUCUCUACCUUGGCCGGCUAAGCGAGUCAGUCCACCUGCUAGAGUCGACGAUGCACGGUGACCCCGCGCUCUGCUUGCACGAGGGCUACCUCUUCAACGUGUGCACUCUGUACGAGCUGCAGUCCUCCGAGGCAGUCGCCAAGAAGCGCAACAUGUUGAGGCUCGUCGCCAAGCACGCGGGCGACGGCUUCAACGUGGCCUCGCUCAAGCUUCAGCCGGCCAAGACGUGACGCUGACUGGGCAGCACGCUGUUGUAGGGAGUCUCGCCAUUUGACAGGCGAUGCGUUGACGACAGCGGACAUUCGAGUCUCCUGCAGACUUGCGUAAAGUGCUGUUUGCGUCCCCUCGUUAUGUGUGGUUGAUGGUGCACAUCCUGAUGCACGAAAGCGUUGCCUGUCGGGCUGAUAUGGCGCGUCAGCCAGUUUCAAAUACUAGUUAGACCGUAUGGGAGCGUUGUGAUAGACGUCAAGGAAGUAGAAUUGCAGACAACACAGGGACAAAAAGUAAAAAGCACACAGAAGCUAUAGAUAAAAGUUGGCAAGUGCAGUAAAAGACGCAGCAGUGCAUUAGGCGUGCAUUCACUUGUUUUGUCAAUGUCAUCUAUUGCACAUUCUUCUCUGUGCCUUGCCAAAAAUGCCGGACCUCUAAGUUCUUCAAACUGCACAAAGAUGGCACAGUCUCUUCAAACCCUUUUUUUUUUGUCAUUUACAGCACCAUUUUUUAAGGAGGAAUGUGAACCCCCAUCACUCAACUUUCAGCUUCAGUGAAAGAGUCAAGGCUAAUGUGCAUGUCAGUUUUCUGUGGACUUGUGUUAUGUAUGACAUGUAUGAGCACUAAUGUUGACUCAUUCUCUGCACUUGACCAUUUUGUGUACUGAUGUUGGAAAGCAUUGGCUGCCAGUCUGAUACGGCAUGUCAAAAAUAUUUAAAGUAAUUGAUGAAGUUCAAGUAUCGUCUCGAACCUCAAGUUAGGUUCAAUCAUUCAGCUUGGUGCCGUGUUUGGCUACUUGUACAUUGGCUCAACUUGUACAUUGGCUGUCAGUUUAACACGGCAUGACAUGCAAUGUGAAAUAAUUAGUCAUAGUAGUCAAUGUCUGAGGGCAAGUCUGCCACAAGCCUGCUUGCUUCAAUUUGUGGUAUAUACUAAGCCAAUAUCUUAUUUGAAUUCAGUUUAAACGCUCAUGAUAUGGGGCACAAUUACUUGUUGCUUGACAUGGUGUAUCAUCUAGUUAUAGCUAAUCAGGUGUACAAAAUAUUGUUAAUGAUUUGAGGAUUGAGUCAUAUUAUUAGUAUGAACUACAAUCAGAAGCACAUGUUCACAUUUAAUGUAAAUUGUAUUCUACGACACAUAGCCUGCAGAAGUAGACUUACGGUAGACACAUUUCUGCUGGUGAAUUUCCUCUUUGCUUCAAAAUCGUGUGCGAUCAUUCUUGUCUGGUAGCAUUAGUAACUAUUACAAGGACUAUAAGUAUAAGUAUUACAUGCACCAUGCAAACAUGAGUGAAAUGUACAUGUUCAGUCUGUGUUCUUUUUCCAGCAGUAUGACAGUCCACGUGUUACAUUGUAAAUGUCCCAUGAGAUAUGACAGCGUCAUGUAGCAAGUCAGUGGUUGUAUUUUGACGAGCACGCAUCUGCGUGCUUAUUCAAAAAUGCUCUUGCAUCGAGUUUUGGUCUUGUGUUUUACUAUGCAAAUUUUAUUCAUAAUCCACCUAAUCCUGCACUAUAUGAACUCCCUGCUCUAAUAAAGCAUAUAAUCAGAUUAACUAGCAAUGUUAUCAAUGCUAGCAGAAACAUUAAUUUGUGCAGUACCUUCUUUAUGCAGGUACAAUAUGCCCGAGUCAGUUUCUAGCAUGGAACAUCUAAGAACUUUCUCUAUCGUGGUUUUACCAUAAAUAAUGCAUUGGUUGAAAGUGUUCAACUAGGAAUAUCUUACAAAAUGUUUUGAACUUGUUCAUAUAUGGAAGUUUCUUUUAAGGUGAAAGUGUCAGUGAACAGUGGUUUAUAAUAUGAUGAUAGGUGAACAGCGCUGCUUUAAUCUUUACUGUAUCAUCAUGAACUGCUUUGGUUACUUCAUUGCCAUGGCAAUGCACUGUAUAUGUGUGUAAAUAGAAAACACAACAAAUAGGUAUAUGUUCGUGGACCACGGGUGACUAAAAUGUGGUUGCUGGAAUGGAAUUAAAUGUGAAGUUAUGUUCAAAAAUGCU